UCUUCUCUUCCCCGGUCCGUCGUUCGAGGUAGUGGCAUAGUGUCGCUACUAGAGGUUACCGUCAGUCGGUCGGCCGGUCUAAGUCGAGGGAGAGAAGCCUGGGUUCGCGGUACAUGAUAGCAAAAGUCGCUAGGGCUUCGUCCUUAGACUGAUGUGGUUCCUCUUGGUACUACUACCCUCACAGUCAGCCUCGUAAAUCCCGCCCGGUCCCGAGCGAGGUCGCUAGUGGUAGGGAUGCUUCCAUCGGAGCAACCCCACCAGCGCCGGCGAUGGAAUGCGAAGAACCUACGUCUGCGGCUCGGCGCCGAUUUGGGGAGCGCUGCCUGCGCCGCGUCUGCGGUUGCGCCGCUUAUAUCCGUCAUUGACAGGUCGAUAAUGGAAAAUGCCUCUGGCCGCAGCACCCUGGGCUCAAGCCUCCGGUCCUCGCUGCGCACUCUGCUCUCUCGGCCGCACACACUGCUCUUCUCGAAGCCUGUCGGCCUCAUCUUCGCGCUGUAUGGGGGCACGUACCUGACGGCGAACGCUCUGGACACCGCCACGUCCACCCUGCACGACCGGCCCGCGACACACGUCACCUCCGGCACCGCUAAGUUCGUCGCCUCAUCUGUCGCAAAUGUUGGGCUCUGCAUCUACAAGGAUCAAGUCUACGUGCGGAUGUUCGGGCCCAGCGGCCCCCCGCGUCCCGUACCCCUUCCCAGCUACUUACUCUUCGCUCUACGCGACUGCCUCACCAUAUUCUCCUCCUUUAACGUGCCCCCGAUGCUCGGUCCGGCUCUAACCAGACACAUGAGCGUCGAGUUUCGGAGCCGCAUCAACGGCACUACUGUCGCACAGUUCGUCGCGCCCGCUGCCAUACAGCUACUAUCGACCCCGGUGCAUUUGCUAGGGCUCGACUUGUACAACCGGCCGAGCAAGGUCGCCAACAUCACCUGGAUCGAUCGGUGGACCCAGGUCCGCAAGAAUUGGGCGAUCAGUGCCGCUGCUAGGAUAUGCAGGAUGAUUCCGGCGUUUGGGUUAGGUGGUACGAUCAAUGGAAAAGUGCGAAAGAAUAUUAUGGAGACGCUCGCUUGAGGCAAAUCGAUUCGUGGUGUUUGGCUGUAGUUCAUAUGCUGUUUUAUGUGAUGCGGUUAUGGAAACGGGGUUAUACCUACGAUUUGCGCGGGUCGUCACCGCGACGGCCCUUCUCUCGGCGAGACGCCCGAAAUUUACGGUUA